AUGUUCAGCGCCAGCUCUCUCGUUGGGCAGCGGGUGGCCAUGCCCGCCGCGCCGGUGCGCGCUCCGCGCGCCCAGCGGAUGGUCGUGUCUGCGGGGGCGACCUUCGGGGAGGGCGUGAAGGAGUCGCGGAUCGGGAAGAGGCCCAUUGACGUGCCCAGUGGCGUCACUGUCACGGUGAAGGACCAGGAGGUGAAGGUCAAGGGCCCGAAGGGCGAGCUCUUCCGCGAGCUGCGCCCGGAGGUGACGGCGGAGGUGGACGGGCAGACCCUGUGGGUUCGGCGGGCCUCGAACGACCGCAAGGCGUUCGCGUACCACGGCCUGUCGCGCACGCUGUGCAACAACAUGGUGCUCGGUGUGUCGGAGGGCUUCAAGAAGGAGCUCAAGCUGGUGGGCGUGGGUUACAGGGCUGCGGUGUCGGGCAACACGAUCAACAUGAGCCUGGGUCUCUCGCACCCGGUCGACGUCGAGAUCCCCGAGGGCAUCAAGGUGUCGGUGCAGAAGAACACCGACGUGACCGUGGAGGGCAUCGACAAGGAGGCGGUCGGCACGUUCUGCGCGCAGCUCAAGGCCCUGCGCCCGCCCGAGCCGUACGGCGGCAAGGGCAUCCGGUACGCGGACGAGCGCAUCAUGCUCAAGGAGGGCAAGAAGGGCAAGUAA